UUGGUGAGGAAAGAGUUGAAUGUUCAUGUAGGCAAGGCAGUUUGUUUAAAAACAAGAAAAAUUAUUUUAAAGGAAAUUAUGGGAGAUCAUGUGGCAGAAUUUAACAGAAUCCUAGACUACAAGGAUAUGUUACUCCAAACAAAUCCUGGUAGCACUUGUGUUGUGAAGCUUAAAGAUUCAGAAUCAGGAAGUGGGAUGAAACAAUUUCACUCUUUUUAUAUUUGUUUUGAUGCUAUGAAAAAGGGUUUUCAACAAGGAUGCAGAAGAUGUAUAGGGCUAGAUGGGUGUUUUCUAAAGGGAAUUUGCAGGGGUCAACUUUUGGUAGCUGUUGCUAAAGAUGCAAACAACCAAAUGUAUCCAAUAGCAUGGGCAGUCAUUGAUACUGAAAGCAAGUUGACAUGGAAAUGGUUCAUGACCAUUCUGAAAGAUGAUCUUAAUCUAGGAAAUGGUUCCCAGCUAACUAUCAUUAGUGAUAUGCAAAAGGGACUAAUAGCUGCUGUAGAUGAACUAUUUCCAGAAUGUGAGCACAGAAUGUGUGCUAGACACAUAUUAGCAAAUUGGUCACAAAACUUCAGAGGCUUAGAGAGAAGAAAGAAAUUUUGGGCUUGUGCUAGAUCAACAUUUGAGGCACAAUUUAAGUACAAUAUAAAUGCCCUGUCCAAGCUGGGAAUAGGUAUUGUUGAAUCCCUUAUCAAAUACAACAAGGAGACAUGGUGUAAAGCUUUUAUUCAAACAUUUUCAAAGUGUGAUAGCAUAGAUAACAACAUGGCAGAGAGUUUCAAUUCUUGGAUCUUGGGACCUAGGAACAAGACCAUUGUAACUAUGUUGGAAGAAAUUAGAGUUAAGGUGAUGAGUAGAGUGAGUAAGUCAAGAGCAUUUGCUGAAACAUGGACAGAUGGAAUAUCUCCAAUGGCAAUGAUGGUAUUCAAUACAAAUGUAACAAGAUCAAUGCAGUGCAACAUUGAAUGGAAUGGUGAUGUUGGAUUUGAAGUGUUAGAAGGGGUAUACAAGCAUACUGUGAACUUGGGUCAACAAAAAUGUAGUUGCAGAUCAUGGGAAUUAAAAGGUAUCCCAUGUGCACAUGGUAUAGCAGCAAUGAACCACUUGAACAUGGAUGCAUCACAAGCAAUAUCUAGUUGGUAUAGAAAAGACACAUAUAUGAAGACAUAUUCUCAUUUCAUUCAACCAGUCCCAAACAUGGAAAUGUGGCCUGAAAGUAGAAACCCAAUGGUUGAACCACCUGAGGCAAGACAAAUGCCUGGUAGGCCACCAAAGAACAGAAGAAGAGAAAUUGGUGAAGUGAGAAAAGCUGGAAAGUUGCCAAGAAUGGGGACAGUAAUGACAUGUUCACUUUGCAAAGGACCAAAUCAUAACAAGAGAAAUUGUCCAAAAAAUCCUAAAACUAAGUCUACACCAACACCCACUCAAGAGUCCACCACUGGAAAAAAGAGGGGUAGAGGUCAUUAUGAAAGAACAAGCACCAGUAAGACUGGUACAAGAAGAGGUGCAGGAAGUGGUUACAAGAAGAGGCCUAAAGUUGUUGGACAAGGUGUAUUUGUUGCUGAUACUGGAUAUACGUGUAUUAAUCAAGGAUUGUCUAGCAGAAGGAGGGUUAAUACUGGUGUGGUGAGUUCUGCACAUGUGACAGGUGAUAUUGGUUUUAAACCUACCAAGGGACUGAAGUGGAAAGGCAAACAGGCCAUGACUCAAAGACAACUUCAAGUCGAAAGUGUUGUGCGUCGUAUUCAAACCAGAUCAAAAGCUGAUGGCAUUCAAACAAGGUCACAAGCCAAAGGAAAAUCACUCUCAAAGAAAACUUCUUAGUUGUGUGGUUGUGGUGUCCAACCAAACUUGAAAUAGUGUUUUAUGUGGUUUUAUGUGUUGAUGAAUCUAUGGUUGUUCAAACAAACUUAAAGUAGUUACUGUUUUAUGUUUUGCUAGUUAACUUAAGUUAUUGUGGUUGUUGGUUGGUGCUUGUGUGGUUAUUCAACUAACCUUAAAGUAGUGAUUGUUUUAUGUUUUGCUAGUUAACUUAAGUUAUUGUGGUUGUUGGUUGAAACAAUGAAACACUAUGAUGCUUCUUUUUUAUGAUCAAGAAAGCACUAGUUAUGUUAUGUUUGUUGCCUUCAUGUUAUUAUUUCAUGGUAUCAUAGUACCCAUUACAUGUAAUUGUAUUGAUCAGCA